AAGGAAUACUGUGGAUAGUGUUUUAGCCGCUCCAUUAAAACAAGCUCCUCUAUUUGUCGCAGGCAAACUGGCGAAACUCCAACACAAACAUUAACGCACACAUUUUGCGGGGAUCCAUUGCGUUUUAUAUAACGUCACUCAGAAAAGACUUCCUGGAUUUAAGGACACACGCUCCGAAGCCUCGGCACGGCAGUCCCGUCACUACUUUUGCCUGAAGUCGCUGAAUCCAGUUGAGUUUCUAUGGUCUGUGGCCGCGUCGUCGCUGCUAGUUGCUUCCUGCGUGGAACGUGGAAGCGGCCGUUCCAUUUCAAGAGACUGAAUAAGACAUGGAGUGCAGAGAUGCGAGUGGCAGUGAUUGGAGCUGGAGUCAUUGGUCUGUCAACAGCUCAGAGCAUCUAUGAGCGCUAUCACUCUAUUGUCAGUCCGCUGACCAUCGAGGUGUAUGCAGACAAGUUCACUCCACUGACCACCAGUGAUGGAGCAGCUGGCUUCUGGCAGCCUUACCUGUAUGAUAAGGGCAAUGUUCAGGAGACAAAAUGGAAUAAGGAGACAUUUGACUACUUGCUGAGCUUUAUGAGUUCACCCGAGUCCAUAAAGAUGGGAAUAUUCCUUGAGUCUGGCUACAACCUCUGCCGUGAACCAGCAUCAGAUCCCUCAUUUAAGGACAGCGUUCUUGGCUUCAGGCAGCUCACAGAGCGAGAGCUGCAGCUGUUUCCUGGAUACAAGUGUGGGUGGUUCAACACCGCUCUCAUGGUUGAGGGUAAAACAUACUUACCUUGGCUCAUGGACUGGUUGCAAAAAAGGGGUGUGAAAUUUUACCACAGGAAAAUAAAGUCCUUCAAGGAGCUGGCUGAAACUGGGGCAGACGUGAUCAUGAACUGCAGUGGGAUGUGGUCAGGCGAACUCCAGCCAGAUCCAGACCUGAAACCAGGCCGUGGCCAGAUAGUGAAAGUGGAUGCUCCCUGGCUGAAGCACUGGAUUAUUACCCACGAUUUUAAAAAAGGAACCUACAAUUCACCAUAUAUCAUUCCAGGAAGUCGUCUUGUGACAGUUGGUGGAAUAUUUGACAUAGGAAACUGGAGUGAACAGAACAGCUCUGCUGACCAUAAAGAAAUCUGGGAAAAGGCUUGUGAGCUCGAGCCUAGUCUCAAGCAUGCCAGGAAAGUCGAUGACUGGUCUGGCCUCAGGCCUGUUCGCAGCAAAGUCCGACUGGAGAGGGAGACCAUAUGGUCUGGUGCAACCCCAAUAGAGGUGAUACACAACUACGGCCACGGAGGUUUCGGACUCACCAUCCACCGAGGCUGCGCCGAGGAAGCAGCGAGGCUCUUCGGUCAGAUCGUGGAACAAAAAGGCAAAGGUCCCAAAGCUCGCUUGUGAAUUUGAGUGUGGAAGCAGUGAUCGAUACACUCCUUUUUCACAGUUCAACAUCAAAUUACCACUACUAAUGUAGUAUUCAGCAUUAUUUUCAAACAAUCUCAUGCAUCUGCAAAGUCAAGGACAAGAUUCACAUGGUUAAUUAAGUGACUGCACUUACGUAACAAAAUCAUACUUAAAUCCAUGUGAAAUUUAGACCAUUUAAAAAGGAUUUAGAAUGUAUGAAGUGUACAUAUUUUUUUUUAUCAAUUUUGUACUAAAUGCAAAAUUUAUAAAUAAUUUUUAAAAAAUUAAUACCAAAUGACAACAUGACAGCUACUUAUUUUUGAAAGGUUGUUUACUACACUACAGUAUCAUACACAUUUACAUCCAGUGCAUUGACAAGAAUCUGUGCACACAGACAAUUAACGAGCACUUUAUCUCAAAACACUGGUAGGUAACAGCUCGUUAGACCUGUGCUCAUUAGCCUGUCUUCAUUUUUUAAACACAACUUCCCCCGGUCCGUCUCCACGUCACCUUUGUUACAAACAAAAGCAAAGACAACAACUAAACCAGGUAUCAAUACAUUAUUUACAGAAAGACAGAAUGUAACAUCCCACUGUGGAUGUACGUGAGCGCAGCAUCAAAGUCUGCUGAAGUAGAGCAAGAAAUGCAGCACAGUCUAUAGAUCAUGACACCAUAUACAUGUGUUAAUGUCUUUUUUUUUAUGUAAAACUUACUAACUAGGCUCCGUCAGCUUUUGGGUAUUGAGAAAAUGCUCAGAUUUAAAUGAUCAAAUACUUUAAUGUUAACAUGAAUACAGGAUACGUGGAGUCCAUUUGUGCAGUAAAUAUGAAAUGUUUUUAUUUUACUGAUGUUAAUAUGUUCUGAUGAAGGCUUCAACAGAUCCUUUAGCUUGGUAUAAAUAAUCUGCCCUCACAAUAAUCAAGAGAUGAGGUGGUAUUUUUCAUCAUUACAUGCAUCUUCCUUGGGUCGUUAGCAGGAAAUGAAUGUCCUCCAUGUUUAAAAGUGAAAUAAUACUGAUACAAGAGCAACACAUAUAACACAGGAUUUGAAAAGGAUGCUCUGUGUAUGAAACUUAGUGACUUCCUUUCACCCUCACAGCUGAAAUUUUUAAUUUAAAUAAACCCUAUUCAUUCAGG